AGAGUACUAACCACUAUACGAUCACGGCGAGCUACGAUGAGCUGACGGGAGUCGUAGUGUGAAAACGUGGUGUCUUUGAUACAACAUGACCUUAGUGGGCCUGUUAAAUGGAGAGCGGUUGGUCUGCAGAGAGAAUGCUCCCCCUGCACUGCUUAUGCCUGGAUAGUCAACCUGGAGGGCACGUUAAGAGCCUGCAGAUGUUCUCUCAAGAAUCUGCCCACGACCGCCUUUUACAACGUAAAGGCAUGGCUCAUACGUGUAUUCACUGGUUCCGCAAGGGACUCAGGCUGCACGACAACCCAGCACUGAUGGCUGCUCUGAGGGACUGUAAGGAGCUCUACCCUGUGUUCAUCCUGGACCCGUACCUCCACAACAACACCUGUGUGGGUAUCAACCGCUGGAGGUUCCUCAUCGGAGCCCUCAAAGACCUCGACUGCAGCCUCAGGAAACUCAACUCCAGGCUGUUUGUUGUGAGAGGGAAGCCGGAGGAUGUGUUCCCCAAGCUGUUCAGCCAGUGGAAAGUAACAAAGUUGACCUAUGAGUACGACACAGAGCCCUACAGUCUGAGCCGGGACAAAACGGUGACCGCACUGUCCAAAGAACAUGGAGUCAAAGUCAUCUACAAAAUCUCACACACUCUUUAUGAUAUAGACAGGAUAAUUGAGGAAAACAAUGGGAAGGCUCCCCUUACAUAUAACCGUAUGCAGGCAAUAGUGAAGACCCUUGGUCCUCCUAAGAGGCCAAUCCAUGCUCCCUCCAUGGAAGAUAUGGAAGAUGUGGAGACCCCUUGUUCAGAAAACCAUGAGAAGGAAUAUGGGAUCCCGACACUGGAAGAGCUAUGCCAGGACACUGCAGCUCUCAGAGAGGAGCAGUUCCCAGGAGGAGAACAGGAGGCUCUGAGGAGACUAGAUGAACAUAUGAAAAGAACGGGAUGGGUGUGUAGCUUUGAGAAGCCGCAGACUUCUCCAAACUCUUUGAGCCCCAGCACCACUGUUCUCAGUCCAUAUGUUACUUUUGGCUGCCUGUCUGCACGCACCUUCUGGUGGAGGCUGACAGACGUCUAUCAGGGGAAGAAGCACUCAGAUCCUCCAGUUUCCCUGCAUGGCCAGCUACUGUGGAGAGAGUUCUUCUACACAGCUAGUGUGGGUAUCCCUAACUUUAACAAGAUGGAGGGCAACCCUGUAUGUACCCAGGUGGACUGGGACACGAACCCCGAAUAUCUGGCUGCAUGGAGAGAGGCUCGGACUGGUUUCCCCUUCAUUGAUGCCAUCAUGACUCAGCUGAGGCAGGAGGGCUGGAUCCACCACCUGGCAAGACAUGCUGUUGCUUGUUUUCUCACCAGGGGAGAUCUAUGGAUCAGCUGGGAAGAAGGGCAGAAGGUGUUUGAGGAGCUUUUAUUAGAUGGCGACUGGGCUCUGAAUGCUGGAAACUGGCAGUGGCUCUCAGCAAGUGCCUUCUUCCACCAAUUCUUCAGGGUCUACUCCCCUGUCGCAUUUGGCAAGAAGACAGACAAGAAUGGAGACUACAUCAAAAAGUACCUUCCUCUUCUAAGGAAGUUUCCAGCCACGUAUAUCUAUGAGCCUUGGAAAGCUCCACUCAGAAUCCAACAGGCAGCAGGAUGCAUUGUAGGUAAAGACUACCCGCAUCCUAUUGCACAGCAUGAAGUGAUCAGCAAGAAGAACAUCCAGAGGAUGAAGUUAGCUUAUGCCAAGAGAUCCACAGACUCCGCUGACACACCCAGCAAAAAGCAAGGUGUAAAGCGCAGGGCACCAUCUGUCGCCGACAUGUUGAAGAAGAAAAGAGAAAAAGUAAGUUUACACAAAUGAAAAAGUAAUGUUUAUGUGUAAUCUAUAUAUAUAUAUAAAUGAAUAUAUAUAUAAGUAAUAGAGUUUAUGUGUAAUCUAUAUAUAUAUAUAUAUAUACACACACACAGGUUUUGGUGUCCUCCCAGUACUGAAGCUCUGUCUGGACUGGAAGCUAAAGUGGUCGGUCAGAGACUUAUUGAGAGUCUUAGUCUUAUUAAUGUGUGCAGGCAGUCUACUAUACAUAGCUGCUUCUUUUUUUAUUGCACCCUUCAUUAGUACCAUUUUAUAUUUUUACUGUUUUUAUCUUUACUUUUUAUAUUGUAUCUAUUUCAGUGUUGAAAAGUGAGUUUAAAUUAUGUCAGAAGUAUACUUGAAGAAUGCUUCUUGCAUGGAGAUUAAGUUAAAAUUUAUAAAGAUUGAUGGUCUCAUCUUGUUUAAAGGCUUCAGUUUGUAUUGAGUUGCAAGUUGGCUUUUUUUUAAUUGUUUUUUGUAACUGACACAAUAACAUGCCUUACUGUUACACCCUAGAAAUUCAAUGUUUAUUUUUUACUCUUUACAUUAUAUGACUACUCACGUGUUUAUAUCCAAUUAAUUUUAAAAUGCAUACAAAAUAUGUUCCAGAUAUUCACAAGUGAGGUGAUAUUUUCAUUUCUUAUUUUAUCUGUUUCUGUCCAGUGCGUGACCUGAUGUCCAUUUUCAGUAGUGUUUUAUAGUGAAACAUCAAAGUGAAAAUGUAUUUCUUUGCAUCUUAGAGCAGUAUAUGGCCAAAAUCAACCCAAGCUAGUUCAGCAGUGAUAUUUAGCUCUCACUAUUACCACUAGAGGUCACUGUAAUUCUACCUGCAGCUGUGUGCAGUAAAGGAACAACAAUGUAUAUUACAAGCCUGAAAAAGUGUAAUGAAAUCAAAAGUGAUAUUAUUUUGCAAUGUUAUAAAUUAAUUAUCUUAAUUCUAAUAUCCCACACAAGAAAUUCAUAUUCCAUUUUACCUCCGGUAUGCAGUAAUUCCAACCGAAAUUUAAUUCAUCUCAUUUUUCAGCAUCUUCAUUCCUAAAAUGUUGAAUUAAAAAUGGAAAUAGGCCAAAUGUAUCCCAUUCAUCAUGAUGGCCGUCAGCUCCUGUCUAAAUAGGAGUAUGCUGCAAUAUCAACUAAGGCCCAUAAGUCAUUAUUGGACAACAUACUGUAUGUUUACUGUAUGUUUUAUGUCUGUGCAUGUGAUUGGCUGAAGGCAGUGUGAGCAGUGUAGUGCUAUGUAAAGUCAUGAUGUGUGUGAGUGUGUGGGGCACACAGCUGUCCUUGGAGGUCAAGUCUUCUCCUGUUUCUGCUUCCUUGGAGCUGACACUGGUGUGAAUAUCCAGAAGAUGAUGUCACAACCUCAACAGUGGGCCAGACGCCUGUACAAAGCCAAGCUCAGUUUCCACAGAGACCUGUCAAACAUCAAAACAGUGUGCUGUCCAACUUUGUGUGCGUGUGGGUGUUUGGGGGUACACGUGGCACCAAGCCACCUUGCCAAUAAACUCUCACGGCAGAGCCAUUCGGGUCUGGCUGAACUGAACUCA